AUGGCGGCCACUGACUCACUAAGCGGACCGGCUGGCAUGGGUGGGGAUUGGGGCGAGGACGUUGACUACCCGGUUUCCGGCGGAAUCCCUCCGCAAGAAGUCAAACAAAACAACGAUGGCACCAAGACCGUGAUCGACUACGGAAUGAGCGAGGACGGAUAUCUCUCGAAAACCAUAACAGUGGUCAAGGUCGAAAAGGUCUCUAAGACGGUGUCGAAAGCAGUAGCGGCGCGCAAAAAGUGGGCAAAGUUCGGUGACAGCGCCGGCAAAGGCGCGGGGCUUGAAAAAGGUAUCACGACGGUAUCCAUCGACGAGAUCAACGUAGAGUGGGUGGACAACGAAGAUGCCGGGGAGGAGGAGGAGGAGGAGGCUGACUUUGCGGAGAUCGCCGCGCGGGACAUUCAGUCGCGCCUCAAGAUGGAGCGUUUCCGUAGACGACAGGAGGAGCGCAAAAUGGGUGUGGCGAAUUGGGCGCAGCUCAUGUCCAUUGAAGCCGCUGCGAAGAACCCCAACGCCGGGCCAGCACCCGGGUUGCGCGAGGGUGGCUCCACUGGGGGCGGGAACAAGUAUGUACCGCCGUCGAAGCGUGGCGGAGCCGGAGCGGCUACUGUUGGGGAGAGCAUGUACUCGAGGGAUGAUUCGGCGACGGUGCGGAUUAGUAAUGUUAGUCGAAACACGGAAGAGGCGGAUCUCGAGGAAUUGUGCAAGAACUUUGGUCCCAUCAGGCGCAUUUUUCUCAGCCGCGAUCGCGAAACUAGGGAGAGCAAGGGAUUCGCGUUUGUGGCGUUUGUUAAUAGCUCGGACGCGGCUACUUGCAUUGCAAGACUAGACGGGUAUGGAUACGAUCACCUCAUUCUUUCGGUGGAAUGGUCAAAACCGAAGGAACCCCGAGACGGCGAGGCACCGCGGCAUUCGUUCGCUCGUUAG